UGAAAACAAGCCGGUCGGAAAUAAUCCCGCCGUCGCGGUUCUGCGGUUACCGUCAUCCGAUGCCGCUGAAGCAGUUGUACAACCGAGUGGCAAGAGAUAUGAAGAAAAGGAGAGUCUUCAGGAGACUCGAGCGCACGAUCACGAUCCGGAGACUAAUGAUGAAGAUGAUGUUGCCGCCGCGUUGCUGUCAUCUGGCUGGAAUAAAGUGCAGAGGAGAAAAAUGCUCGUUACGGCGCACGAAAAGAAACCAGCAUUCCUUGCCGGCGAUGAAUUGGAAGGACCACAGGUGCGGAAUAGCAGUGGCGAAGAAGUAGAUGGCACUACCGGUGAUCCAGGGAUUCCUCCGGAAGAUGAUGAAAGCG